UCGUAUUUGACCCGUUUCUUACUCCAUUUGGUCAAAUUCAAAUGGAAAUUCGAUCCAUAUUUUUCUUGUGUUUUCUAACUUCUUUUUGGGUUGCAACUUUGUAAAAAUGACUUAACAUCGUAUUAUGAUCGAUCUUUAGUUCGUGGACAAUGCUAAGAUCACUAGAUUUUAUCGAUGAUUUUGGCAUGUAAAUCAUUUUCCAAUGAUAAAGCCGAUAAAUCCUCCUAAAAAUGCAUGUCUAUAGGCGAAGUUUCUUUUUUUCUUCUACGGAAUAGGUUAACAAUGGGAACUGAUGUUCCUGUUCUGCCGGAUGUAUGUCAGUAAGGGAGCAGGAUAUUUAAAGCCAUUAACUGUUCUAUUUCCAGGGCGCAAAAGACCCUUGGCAUUUCGACCGGAGAGGAACUAAAAACUUCCCGACUUAAGCUCCCCUGUCAUCUCUAACCUCGCACGAACCUAGCCGCCUUAGAACACGCGGUCUAGCGGCACUGGUGGUUUUGUCGGGUAUCUAAUUUGAUGUUUUAUAUUUAGAACACGUUCGCUAUUACGGGGCAAGUUCCUGCCUAGCGCAAUGCCUAGUUUUCGCCAACUACUCGAUCGGGAAAUCUAUUUCCUCCAUCCUACUGCAAGCGGAUAUUUCCAUUCCACGGAUGAGAUCUUAGGCGAUACCCACCCCAAAAAACCACAACCUACGACACGCAACCCCUAACAAAUGUACCAAAAAUAAAUCCUAUUCCUGUUAAAAUAGACGUACCGAAUGUUGGGUUUACCUUAAGAAACGAUCAAUACUUCGAUCGCAAACCAAGCAGCAGCAUUUCAAUAGCCCCGUACACAUCAACUCCACAAACGCAGUACAGUACGUGCAGUUGAGUGAGUAGCACUCAAAUCACACUUUGUCGUUUCAAAACGUUCUUCCUCGACGGUAGUAAGUUUAAGGGAGAUAUCAGUUUUACUUUCUUUGCAGCGCUGCUUUCGACUGCAGACAGUAAGACUUUCACUUUAAACCGUGAGUGUGUGUUUUAUGUUAUCAUACCUCAACAUAUCACCGAAGAUAUUCAAAUCUACAGAAUUACUUCUAACGACGAACGUACCGAAGCGAGUUAGCGAUAUAGCAGCACAAAACGCCGGUUAUGGCAACCAUCGCAAUGGCAGCGUCUCCAACGUCGAACAGCAGUGCCUCGACGACGUCCAUGUCGCUGUUGCAACGUCAAUCCAGCAAGAACGCUGACACCGUAUCGGUUUGUUCGACCACCAGUGCCUUCUCAACGUGUCCCGAUCGGCACGGCUUCUACGGUGGCAAUCAAUUCUCAGAGAAACCGAAAAAGGAAACCCUGACGCGCGAGCAGAUUAUCGCACGGGAAAAGAAAUGGAUCCACAUGACGUCGCAUUGGGCGGAGUACAUGAACACUAACUACAAAAAGGUUAGGGAACGCUGCAGGAAGGGAAUCCCGGAUGCACUACGACAGAAGGCAUGGUUUCUGCUAACGGGUGCCAAUCAUCUUAUGGCCAAGUUUCCCGACUUGUAUCCCCAUCUACUGGAGGAAUCAGGCAAUCCGCAGAUUAUUGAUGAAAUUCGUAAGGAUCAGCAUCGUCAAUUUCCACACCACGAAAUGUUCAUCGACGACGACAAGCCGGGACAGAAGGAGCUAUUUAACGUGCUGAAAGCGUACUCGAUAUACAACCCGACGGUCGGAUACUGUCAGGCACAGGCGCCAAUCGCUGCCUUCCUGCUGAUGCAGCUUCCGGCCGAACAGGCGUUUUGGUGCUUCGUCGCUAUUUGUGACAAAUAUCUAGAGAACUACUUCACACCCGGCCUGGAGAUGUUGCAGCGCGACGCCGGUAUGCUGAAUCGGUUGCUAAAGAAAACAUCACCAGCCGCCUACCGGCAUCUUCAGAAGCACAACGUAGAUCCACUGUUGUACAUGACCGACUGGUUCCUGUGCGCCAUGACCCGUACGUUACCCUGGGACACACUGCUACGUGUUUGGGAUUGCUUUCUAUGUGAAGGUGUGCGGAUAUUUUUCAAAGUGGCACUUGUCAUCAUCGGAGCGACGCUCGGACCACAGAAGGUACGCGCGCAGUGUAAUGGGUUGUGUGAAACGUUGGCCGUUCUUCGAUCACCACCGAAGAAGUUUCUCGAGGAGGAUUUCAUCAUGCACCACAUCUUUCGGUUAAACAUCACGAUCGAAGACUUCCAUCGGGAACACAAGAAGCAGGAGAUGCUGCACCGAAAAGCGAAGCUAGAACAACAAAAGGCAGCACAGCAACAGAACGGUGGAUCUACCCACCGUCCCGGCAGGAGCACGUAGCCUGACCGGACAACCGUAUCGAGAUGUGCAGCUAGUCCUGGGAGGAUUCAGCUUGAUGCAAUUUGCUAUUUAUCCAACACGUCCUCCAGAUUAUCCAUACGAAGCACUAUAAUAGGAACCGCCUACAUCUGUCGGUCUUUGCAAUGAAAGGCGCUAUUCGUCUCACUGUUUUCUUCCAUUACAGCGUGAAAAUGGUAUCAUUAAAACGUUCGAUAAUAGCAUAAGAAAUAAUAUAUAUAUUAAAAAAAAAGAUGCUAGUUACAUAAGAUUUGCGACAAAACACGGCACCAAAAUUAAACAUCGGAAAAAAAGAUUAAAAAGUUCGAAAACCAACACUAGCAUGGCGCAACCAGCGUUUUGCUCCGUUACGUCCGUCUAACGGUCACCUGAUGUGAAGAUGAUUUCACUCAAAAUGAAGUGAAUUUAAUGGACACUACAUAGGUAAAAACCCCGGCACACUCGUUGCAUCGCAGAUUGAUAGUACAAUUUUAUAUCUAUUUAGAGAAGGAACGUAACGUGACAAAAUCGUAUUCUAAACACACAGUCCAGAUAGUGUUAGGCGUUAGUUAUUAACACGAUACGAAACGAAGACUUAUGGAACAAAGGAGAAUUAUUCAAACCUCUGCUACUCAGAGAUCGAGAGAAUAUCGAGAAUCGAAGGUACUUUUCCUUCUUCAUUCCACCAUAAGAUCGUAAGGAAUCGUUUUCAAUCGCAAGUUGUUUAAUCGCGGAUGUUUAAUAUGCUCUGUUGGAGCGCCGUGUCGUGCGGCAUUGGUUGUUCUUUAAAUGAAAGCAAAAGGAUUAUAUGCAUCAGCAAACACAUCAUUUAUAUCAACAUCGAUUUACUAGCCAAUUUGUAGUAUAUAAAUGAGGAAACAGAAUGCGCGCCACCGUGCGCACAUGUUGAUUAUAUUCGUUUCUAUAUCGUAAAUGGCAACGUAUUUGAGAAUUCUCACCGUUUAGCAAAUCGCACAAAGCAAGGAAACGUGUACCACGCGUAUGUAAUCAUACUUUUCUACUAUUUCGCAUUAUUGAUGGAGCUCUGUAGGUUAGCAAAGAAUAACAAUAUCCUAACAACAGGACUUAAACCGAUUCGAAGCAGUUAAACACAACAAACAAUUUCAAUUAUGGUGCCUUUCUUUCCUUCACGUGUACAUAGAAUGGUUUAGUUUCGCACGUGCCAGCACAGCUUCUGUAUUGUACCAGGUGGGCAUGGAAAGCAAACCACGAACCAUCAUCAUGUUUAAGUGUAUGCGUCCAGUGUUUGGUGAACCUAUUUAAGUUUAGCCUGUUCCGGGGUUUUCAUUAAUCUUUCAUUCUUUACGAAUGGGAUAUUGUUUACGAUGCAAAAAUACUACAAUUGCGUAUGAAAAAUUUGAUUUACAGGUGUAUUAUGCGUAAAUAGAAUAUAUCAAAUAGUUCAGGCACGCGAUUAUCUCCAACAGAUUAUGGCUACGUUUACCAUCCGGAGUAGCACAUCGUGAAUUCUGAGUUGUAAAAUUUUAUAAUACAUUUAUAGUUAUCUAUUGAUGUGAGUUUAAACGUGCAAUCAUUCAUUAUCACUGUUGAGGCAUUAUGUUGUAAACGUAUUCGGUGGUAUAAUAUUAUGAAUUUGUUAAAAUUAAAAUUUAAUUUAAAUUUAUUCACAUUCAAUUAGCUUCCUCCCAUGUUAUUUAUUACACGCAAUCAACCUGCAUAAUCAAAUAAAGAGGCAGCUCGUGUAUUUCCCACGCGCAGAAACUUAAUUUACGCGCGUUCUAUUAAGUUUGUGUUUCCGAUGUUUGAAAGAUAGACAGUAUCGUAAACACAAAAUAGGAAACCUUGCAAACCUGUCGCUGUUGUGUUGAUAUCGUUUAUCAAACAAGAGAACAACAUUUCUGCUAACUUACAAUAAAAAAAACACAUAAAUUUUGAAAAUAAAACGUCAUUUCUGUUUAAUACAA